CAGAGAGGCCAAUCUUGAAGGCUGCAGACGGCUCGGAUUCCACCGCACCUCCAUCAUUUAUUUCAAAUUUCGUCCUUUUCCUGCAGCAAAAAAUAAACGAGAAAUGCAUUAACUCCACAUUUCUUGCCAUCCCUUUCACUGAUCCAGAGCAGCAGCAAUGGCCAUGAACACCCCCACAUGAUUUUUCAUGAUGACGAACUCCCACAAAAUCAUUUUUGUUUUAAUUUAUUUCACUUGAAAUGAUUAUAUAUUUUGGGCAUGGGGUCGAAUACAUUGCUAUUUUUUCUCGUUAUCUCCGCGGAUUUCCGGGUGGACUUUUGGGUUUCAAGAAUCUAAGGAAAGGUGACGAGAGGCUGCUGCUUUAUUUUGAGCUAGACUUUUCUGAAUGGGCUGAUUUCUUUUUAUUAUUUUAAAGGUUUUUGCUUGAAAUUAAGUUCCCAAGGCCACCGUUUCUCUCCUUUUGGCAGUCAUUUACUUGUGGAUUGGUGAGGUCGUGGAGAAAAUUUAUAAAGGGAUUUGAGGUGGAAAAGGGGAAGGGUUCUUUGGCUAGAAAAAGGUUGUCUUUUUUGGUAGUGAUGAAGGGUUUUGGAUUCUUGUUCAUGUUCUGGUUGAUUGGGACAGCUGAUUUUAUGCAUCUUGGUUGUUCCAGCAAAGGAAGCACAGCAUCAAGUCCAGUUACCGUGCAAGGCCGGAAACUUAAGGUCGACAUCGAUCCUACUAGCAAAGAUGAGAAUGAUGCAGGGUUCGUGCAAUUGGAAGAUUACCGCCCGAUCGAUCCAGUUCCAAGUUCGACAGGUUCCAUAAGGCCAGGUCCUAUAGAGCACGAUGCUCCUCUGAUGCCUUACAUCCCAGAACCUUCUCCUCCUCCCAGUCAAUUACAGCAAGGUGGGUUGCCUUAGCUCACUUUUGUUAGUCGCUCACUUUCGUUAGUCAUAGUGUGAAGAGGAUAUUGAGGCUAUCUUUUCACCUCUGUUUACUGUUCAAGUAUACUGCAAAUGCACGUUAGUGUAGAAUGCCGAUAACUUUGUAUUGAUCCUUGUUCAUAACUUGCUAAUGGAUCACUGCACGAUGUUUCUAUUGAAGCUCAACAUGUUU